UGUGAAUGGAAGUGCCAAAAAUGGAACUUAUAUACUUUUCCAUCACUGAUUUACACGGAAAAAAUAUGUAGAAGUGUGCCAACUGAAAACAUUUUGUAUACGCCGUUGCCAUUACUAUUGCUAUUUCUGUUAUUAUUGCUGUUAUUGCGGCUGCCUGACAGUAAUGAUUUUGUUUUUAUUAUCGUUGAUUUCUUGUAUUGAGUGUAUGGUUCAAGUGCACAACAACUGUUGUGGAUGUAGCCGCAGAUACGCCUGGUUCUCUCAGAUUAGGGGUUACGUAUACGUAAUAUUGGUUGCACUCACUAUUACCGUAUACUGUCCCAGUACCAUCGCCGCUGCCGCUGCCAGCAAUAUUUUGUUCUGUUGUGUUGCUAACUUGUUUAGUAAAUGGUUGAUCGUUUCAUUGUCAACAACAACGUUUCCCAGUAGAAAUCCAAGAAUGUAGGGAGGAAGCCAUAUUUUAGCUUUGUUCAAGGGCCUUAUGAACCCAGUGCUGUUAGUUUACUGAGUUAAAUAUUUUAAAUAAAUAAAAGAUCUUUGUUUGCAAUUUCAAUUUUUCAAUUGUGCAUUUGAUUGUAGCCAAAUUUUGAUAAGUGCAGUGAGUAAUACGGACUACGUACUGAAGAUAUUUUUAAUCAUUUUACUCGCAUGAAUGCGGACAUUCAAAUGUUUUCUGAAGCGAUUGCAGUUGGAUUAUCAAAUGCAAGUUAAUAACACCGUAUCACAAUGCAGCUCUUCGCCGCAUGAGCAGCAGGAACUGCAUUUGCCGCUUCAAAAUUCCCAUUCAUUAGCUAAAGCCAGUUCCACUUAUUUCGAAUCAAGUCAUUUAUGGCCACAGCAAAUGCAUUUUCAAAAUUACCAACAUUUAACGAAACCAACUUCUGAGUAUCGACAACAGCAGAAACAUCAACGGCAAUACGAUGAAACAAUAAAUAAAAAAGCAGUUAAUAGUAAAAUAAAGAAUUUCCAUGUUAGCGUCAACAAUAGUAAUAAAAAUAAUGGAAUACCUAAUGCUUGUGAUAGCGAAAACUAUGUGAAGCUUAUGAGGGCAACAGCUGAUCAAGAAGAACAAGAUUCGGAGGAACUCUCAUCGAAAUUCGAAUCAGAGUGUACGUCGAUUCUAAGCGAACCUUAUGGAGAAAGUGAUGAAGAAGUUUUGUGCGAUGGUUUCGAGCCUGUAAAUAUUUACAGUAUUAAAGACGACAAACAGGUGCCAGAACAAUACGUUACUCGAACGAAUAUGACUCCCUCAUAUACCACCACAGAUGGUUGUAGUAAUAUUGGACAUCAUCGACAGAACACUGGUUGUAGUGAGGAGGGAAACACAGAAGCUUUUGAUGUAAAUACGUACACGGCACAACAACAACAUCGAAAUUGUCAAAGAGAACACCACACUUGCGAUAUGACUAAAAUAAAUUCACAAGUUGAUGAUACCGAGCAUGCCACUUAUAUCUUUCAAGAGGACGAAUCGAUGCCGGAAAGAACUGAAAACGAUACACUCAGAAUAUCUGGUUGUCAGCCUUCCACUAAACACGCAUUGAAACAUAAUACACGAGAGCUCUGUUUGGCGGCAUCAUCGCCACCUUCCUCGGUUGACGAAGAUAUCAAUGACAGCAGCAGUCAGCACUCAAACGCCAUUGGAAUGGACGACAUCAAUUCUUUGGCUAAUCCCGUUGACCAAAUAACAUAUAUGCACUACCAACCUAGAGAUGUCAGUGAAGGAAGCAGGAGCCGCAGCAGAGGUAGUAGCGAUAGCAAUCAGAACAGCACAGUUGACAACGGCACUGAUAACAGUAGUAUUACCAAAAGAAAUAUAUGCCCGAAUGGUAAUAGUAGGCAAAAAAUAAGGGGAAUGACACCUCCGAUCAUUGCACAAUACCACAUGCAGUGCGAACUCAUACCAAAAACGGCGCAAUCAUCCAGUUUAUAUCACGGGGCCGCUAAACCGGUGAACAAUAUGACUUCACCCUCAUUUUACCAAGAGCAGCAACCGCAACGGCAACAGCAACAUAAACAUUCUUUGAGACUAAGUACAAUCACUUUAUCGUCGCCUAUAUUAACACUGCCGCUGCCGCCCCCACCACCAACAAUGUCAAUGACGACUUUGUCGUCUGCAUCAGUGCCUCCAACAACUGGCGAACCAACGACGCUCCAUGAAACAGUAGCAGCUACUGCAUCGCUCGAACAAGCGUCCGCUUGCAAUGCCGCUGCAGCCGUGGCAGUAGCAACUGCGGCAGCAGCUGCAAGCAGUGGCAGCAUCAAUAGUGCGCCGAUGACGCAAAACUUUGGAAGCCUGUUAGAUGCAAUUAGCGGCAACAGUGGCUGCAGUAACGAUAAUAGUGAUCCAAACGUCAUUGCCACAAAUUCUACCCCUUCUGGUAGCAACACAAGCACAUACAGCCAAAAUAAGUACUAUCACCCGCUAUUUGCGCAAGGAAUUUGCCAUUGGCCGGGCUGUGAACUAGCUCUUAAUGACUUCACUGCUUUCGUUAAGCAUCUGAACACUGAGCAUAAUUUGGACGAGAGGUCUACAGCACAGGCGCGAGUACAAAUGCAAGUCGUAUCACAACUGGAAAUUCAUUUGCAAAAGGAACGUGAUCGAUUGCAAGCUAUGAUGCAUCAUCUGUAUUUAACUAAACAUCUUCUGGAUCCCGAUAAGAUAGACUUAAAGGAUUGCCUUAUAUGUUGGAAAGAGCCGGAUUGGAUGUCCAGCAAGAAAUAUAUCGGAAUCGUGAAUUUUAUAAAAAUGCUGAUGUACGACCACCUUUCACAUAUGCUUCACUGAUACGUCAAUCUAUUAUAGAGUCGCCUGACAAACAGUUAACUUUGAAUGAAAUUUACAACUGGUUUCAAAACACAUUUUGCUAUUUUCGGCGCAACGCUGCAACCUGGAAGGGAAUUUUGGUGAUACAUUUCUUCUGAGCGCCGCGGCAACACUGGUUGUAGAUGCUUGAGAACAGGCUGACGGGAGCUUUUUGUUUGAGUUGGCAUAUGAUCCAAUGUUUGUGCAGGGAAGAGGGCUGAGUGAAGUUUUAAAGGAAGAUAGUAAAGUUUGUAGAUCGGAUGUGCUGUGGUUUGCUUCGCUUUUAUUUUGCGAUGUUGAUGUAGCGUUGCAGCCAUUAUUUACAAGAGAAUCAACGUUUGAGUUAUGCGAGUUUGGUUGAAGGAAAGCAGGUUGUGUGGGAUUCGUGACCGAAGAG